GCGAACUUUGAGAGAAGGCAGAGAGUGUUUCACUCCAGCGUGCUGAUAACACGCUGCACAUCUUACAAAGCGAUAACAGGUCCACAUUCAAACAGAAAAUGGAUGAUAUGGCAGACGCGACUGCAGACUCUUGUGCGAAAGCCCUCGCGGCUUUUGUUGAAAACGGAAAAGCUUUGCUGGACCUCGCAGAGAAGGAGAGCAGGGAAGGCUCUCUCCAGGAUUUCAUCAGGCAGAAAAUCCGCAUAGAGCAAAAACAGUCGCUGCUGGGUCUGAUUGAAGCUGGUGCAGCUUUGUACAGAAGUUUGUCAGUGAAGAGGAAAAAGGAUGCAGAGGACCAAUGGAGAAAAAACAAUCACUGUGUUGCUUUAAGCGAUGCUGUGCAGGACUUUGAGCAACUACAAGUGCAGUGGGAUGCCUUCCUGCAGCGUUUGGAUGAUGAGUUACAGCUGAGCGCUACAACGCUGGAUGGGGACCCUCAGUCAAGAUGUAUUUCACCAGAUACUUCUCUCAUCGACGCCAGAACUAGAGAAACUGUGACAUUAGAGAAAUAUCUUGGGAAGAGUAAAAAGAUCCUGCUGGUGCUAAUCCGCCAGUUCUCGUGUCUGCUCUGCCGCCUCCAUCUUAAAGACCUGGAGAAGAAUCGGAGGUCCCUGAACGCACACUCAAUUGAGGUGGUGGUUGUUUCAUUCGGCUGUCAUGAUGGAGCUUCGCACUGGCUGCAGGAGACUGGCUGUCAGUACGACAUGCUGUUGGACCCCGACAGGAAGCUGUAUGCAGCAUGCGGUCUGGGAGCAUCUCUGAGGAAAGUAUUAAACUUCAAUAACAUGCUGCUCUAUGCUGAAUAUGUGUUGGACAAUAUGGAGUUUCCCAGAGGGCUUCCAUCGAUUCAAGACGACAUGUUUCAGCUGGGAGGUGACUUCAUAUUGAAUGAACAUGGGAAGAUGCUGUUCUCUCACCGCUGUCAGAGUCCCAUAGACAGACCCUCAGUGGAGGAUAUUUUAUCUGCAUUGUGCAGAUGAAACACAGAUUAAUUACAGGAGAAGAGAAAAUGAUGUCAGCUGUUCUUAUACCACUUUAGAAUAAGAGUGACUGCUGUCCUGAGCUGUAAACUGAAAAAUAAUGUGACAAUCAGCUUUAAGCAACAAAUUGCAAGUUUCAUCUUGAUAACAAAUAUGAUAAAUAACAAAACUUACCGUACAGGUAAACGGGUACUACUUUUUUAACAAAAUUGACUGAGCUCAUGUGGUCAAGAAAAUCCAUCCAAAACAUGAAUCUCUUUAAUAAAGAUGUGUUUAGGGCACCCUCCUAAGGUGUGUAAACAAUCCUACCUUUGACUGCCACAUAAUGUAUAGAAGGUGCAUACAAGGUAACAGGGACACCCAAGAAUUUAAUGCAACUCAGUGGCAACCAGCUUUGUCCUCAUAUGAAGGUGUUGAGACUGUACUUUGUGCUGUUGUUGUACUGGAUUAUCUUUCUGUGCGUUCUUAUUAUUUUGUCCACCAUGAACUUCAGUCCAGUCUCCACAGCGCACAUUAAUGUGACAGACCAAUACUGUACAGCACUUAUUACACUGAGAUAAGCAGCUGCAAUCAGCACUUAUUCUGAUUUUCCUGAACAACAGAUUAAUAAUCCUGUCAAAUCCAAACAUCAGAGCCGCUUUACUAAUUCACAACAAAUUUUUAUGCGCAAGAUGCUCGAUACACAUAAAAGUAAAGUCUAUACAAAUAUUGAAUAAAGGGAGGUGCAAAGUACGAAUGAUGUGAUCUCAAAGUUGAGCAACAUUAUAUGAAAGCAGAUGCAUAAUUUUUGCACAAUCUAUCAUCAUCAACCAAAGAACACUAAUUUCUCAGAAAAACACACCACAGAAAGGCUGUCUAAUCAAUUCUAUUACAGGAAGUCAGUGUGUCACUCCUGCUGUAUACUUAUAGUUUCUGGAAAAGGAGACCUCAGUAAUCUGGAUUACAGCGUUUACAGUUUCUCUGAAAUGCUCCAGUUUUGGUUAAUGUUUACAUUAUGUACCACUGACUACAGUGAGUCCCAAAGUGUAUAUGUCUCAUGUUUGUCAAGCUACUCUGGGUGUGUUACGAGAGUUUAGUGAGAUAAAUCAAUAAAACAGCUAACAUAAUCUAGAUACAGACAGACGAACAUACCACUGGGGGGGCCCACUGUGGCCAGUGUUUAUAUUCAGGUGCAAUUUCGACCACUGCAGCUACUAUCAGUUUCGCAAUUUGGUUAUCUGGAACCAAAUUAUUUAAAAAGAAUCUUAUAAUGAAGCAAGUGAAAAAGAGUAAAUAUGCCUGCACACCAAACUGCAUGGGAAUCAAUCCUGCCUAUAGAUGAAGUCAGGGAUCACCUAAUUCGUUGGAAUGAUGAUGAUGAACAUCAUCCAGGUAAUUCUUACUUUUAUAAAUGUAUUUGCUGUUGCAGAUUUGUUGUUUAGAAAUAUGAUUCAGGGGACAGGGUAGUAAAGAAAAAGGGACUUAUCUAAGUACUCUAAAUGAAUUUGGUUCUAAGAAGAAAGCUGCUUGUGUUGUCAUUAUGCUGCUCCAUUUUCAAGGUAAUAUUUUCCAGAAUAAAAGUUUAACAACUAAAAUCAAUGAUCCGAAAUAAAUAAGACUAAGGUCUGUAAAGCUCUCAUGUUUUUCUUUGUGACUGUGAAGUAGUGUCUUACAAAAUGUUUUGCUUAUGUAACCUCAACCUUGAGCAACCUUUUGUGCAAUGCUCUGUAUGUGGUCCGGGGAUUGGGCAAAGAUGUCUGAGGACAAACUGCGUUCCUGAUGAUGAAACUAAGGGGCCUCGAGCAGGAGAUCUUCAUGCCAACGUGUGCUGAUACGCACUAAAUAAGUCACACUGCUAAAGUUCAACCAAACAACACAAACCUGCCAAAUUUCUC